GUUUUUCCAACCCGGAGCAAGAGUUGCCGUGCUGAUUCCGCCUCAAGACGCAUGUGCAUUUCCAUUCUCACUCCUAUCCUCGUUCCCACACUCUCCCAAGCUCCCAAGGCCGCACAAAGCAAGCAGCGUGGCGGCACAGACUCUCUCUGUCUCGGUUUCGAGGCAUGACGUCGUCCCCCAGCCGCCCCGGAUCGCCCAUUCCGGCCUCACCACCGGCUACCCCCUGGGCGGCAGGUAUCCGGUCCUCGUCCCCUCUCCGGCCAUGGCCGGCCACCAAACUACGGCCAUGGCCGCUACUUCACUCGCUAUCGCUACCACUCCUCCCCUCAUCGCCCUCCACUCCCACCACCACCAUGCCCACGGCCCUCACGCUGCGCCGAGGCGCCUACACCGGCCCGACCGGCCGCUCCGCGGCGCUCAACAAUGCGCUCUCCGUCCCAGCGCUCCUCCUCAUCCUCGCCUCCCUCCCCGCCAACGUCCUGCGGUACCUCUUCACCCGUCCGCGCGGCUUCACGCUGAAGACGUUCAUCAUCUUCCGUGUGCUGCGCUACCUCUCGCUGCUCGUGCCCGUCCUCCCGCCGCCCGAGACACGGGCCGCGCGCUGGGCGGUGCCGAGCACAGCCGGCCGCCGCCCCGCCCUCAAAGUCGAGGUCGUGACGGCCGCGCCCGCGCUCGCCUCUUGGCGUGUGCACUACGCCGCGGGCCCCGCCAAAGCCAUCGACAUGCCCGGCUUCCUCCUCACGCCGUCGGGCGUCGCGAGCGGCCCCGCACGCCCAGACGAGCGCAUAGUCCUCUACAUCCACGGCGGCGCCUACAUCCGUGGCCACCCGCUGUGGACGGCUUUCCCGCACCGCCUCGCGGCCGAGACCGGCCACCGCGUCUAUUGCGCGCAGUACCGCAAGUCGCUGACGGACGACACGGCGUUCCCCGCGCCGCUGCUCGACGCGCUCGCGGCAUGGGCACACGUCACCGGCAUGGGCUUUUCGGCGGCACAGAUCGUCGUCACCGGCGACUCGGCGGGCGCGCACCUCGCCCUCGCCCUCGUCACCCAGCUGCAUGCGCUUGGCCAGCCGCUGCCUGGCGGCCUCGCCCUCAUCUCCCCUUGGGUCGACUUUACGUGCGGCUUCCCCAGUUGGGAGCGGCACACCCUCGACUACCUCACCAAAGACAAGCUGCGCAAGGCGAUCGCCAGUGCCACGCGGCACUACGCGGACGAGGAGAAGCGCGGCGCAUUCUUCUCCCCCGCCCUCGCGGAGGACGGGCACUGGCGCUUCCUGCGUGACACGCCAGUGUUCGUGACGUACGGCGGCAUCGAAGUGUUUUCGGACGAAGACAAGGCACUUGUCGAAGGCAUGCGCGCCAGCGGCGUGACCGUCAAGGUGUGGAAGGUGAGUGCGGCGUGUGGCGUGUGGCGUGUGGCGAGCGGCGAGCACGCACUCAUGGUCUUGGUGCCCAAGUAUCCGGCUACAUGUAGCCGGCGCAGUAGCUCGGAAAUAGCUGCCGAUGCGGAAAUAGCACUGCUGACAUCACCAGGACGAGCACGGAGUCCACGACACGCCCAUCAUCGACUGCGUGGUGCCGACGAAGACGCAGGCAUUCGCGCAUUACCGCGACGGUGUGCUCGACAUUCUGCACACGGAGGUGGCGGGCCCCAAUGCGGCGGACGCUGAGAAGGAGAAGGGUGACGACCGCAACCAGGUUCCCCUCAGUCCGUACAAGGCUGAGAGCGAGAGCAGCGGCGUGCUGGUCGACGAGGCGGAUGCGGCCUCGGAGCGCGAGGGCGAGGUUGAGGA